CCCUCUAGUGCAUAGGUGUCAAACUCUGGCCCGCGGGCCAAAAUUGGUCCGCAAUGUAAUUAUAUUUGGCCCGCCGGUAUAAUACGGUGGCAACGCUGUGACGCCGCAUUCACCGCUUAUACUACAAAUCCCAUAAUGCUCUGCUAUUUUUUGGCGCGUCAAUCAGGACAGAGGCAGACACGCAUCCUCCUGUGUCAGUAGCACUUAUGGUAGCGGACAUGGAAGUAUUAGGAAGGUGGUGAUCCGUCUUCUUGCGCACUCCUGCGGUUGAAAGUCCCGGCGCACCCCGCAUCUCUCCCCCAAACCACACUGCGACCUCAAGCUACAGCUGUCACUGUGUUACCCUACCAAAAAAUGGCAAAAAGAAAGACAGAAAAUAGAACUUUUCUGGACAGUCACACAGCCACCAUGGAGCUGCGUCUCUCUGUCUGCGUCCUGCUGCUGCUUUGUGCAACAAGAAGCUCAAAUGGAGGGAAGAUUUUGGUGUGGUACACUGAGGCCAGCCACUGGAUCAACAUGAAGCCGGUACUGGAAACUCUGGUGGACAGAGGACACCAGGUGAAGGUCCUGAUCCCGAGCGCGUCGAUGUUCAUGAACAGCAGCGAACCGUCUCGCUUCCAGUACGAACAUUUUAACGUCGACGUCACAGUAAAAGAUUUAGAAAACCUUUUUGAAGAUGUUAUUCAAUUCUCCUUGUAUGAGAUGGAUUUCAUGAGCCCCUAUGAGAUUUCUGUAAAAUUUUUUGAUUUAAUGAAGAAUAACAUAAAUGUUUCUUUAAAGUUUUUGGAUGGCGUUGUGAAAUCAGAAACCAUCAUGAAGAAGCUGAAGGAGGGAAACUACGAUGUGUUAUUUGCUGAUCCGAUCUACCCUGGCUAUGACCUGACUGCCGAUAUUUUGGGCAUUCCUCUUGUUCUUUCUUUGCGUUUCUCCAUUGCUCAUAAUCUUGAGAGGAUGUGUGGUCAGCUACCUGCUCCUCCUUCCUUUGUCCCCGCUGCUAUGAGCAAACUCACAGACAAGAUGGAUUUCUCAGAGAGACUCUCCAAUGUCCUCUUCUACACUUCGCAGGAUAUUUUAAUAAGACAGUUCAUGUGGAAAUUGAUUGACGAAUAUUACUCUGAAAUCAAAGGAACACCCACCAGUGCCUGCGAGCUCGUGGGUAAGGCGGAUAUCUGGCUGCUGAGAACCUACUGGGAUUUUGAUUUUCCUCGUCCACUCCUCCCCAACUUUAAAUUUGUUGGAGGGAUCCACUGCAGACCAGCUAAACCUUUACCAAAGGAACUGGAAAAGUUUGUCCAGAGCUCUGGAGAUGCUGGUAUUAUUGUCUUCUCUUUAGGAUCGAUGGUCAAGAACGUAUCCACGGAAAAGGCAAACCUGAUCGCCUCAGCGCUCGCUCAGCUUCCACAAAAGGUGCUGUGGAGAUACAGUGGCCAGAAACCCCAGACUCUGGGUUCAAACACCAGAAUAUACAACUGGAUCCCACAAAACGACCUGCUGGGUCAUCCUAAAACCAGAGUUUUCAUCACUCAUGGUGGGACAAACGGGAUCUAUGAGGCCAUCUACCACGCCGUUCCCAUGGUGGGAAUCCCCAUGUUCGGUGACCAACCAGACAACAUGGUGCACAUAGAGGCCAAAGGAGCUGCAGUUAGUGUUAAAUUUAACUUUAUGACAACUGAGAGCCUCAGAGAUGCCAUAAACAUGGUCAUCAACAACAAAUCCUACAAAGAAAACGUGAUGCGACUGUCCAGAAUCCACCAUGACAGACCCAUGAGUCCUCAGGACGAGGCCGUCUUCUGGAUCGAGUUCACCAUGAGGAACAAAGGAGCCAAACACCUGAGGGUCCAGGCCCACGAACUCACCUGGUACCAGUACCACAGCCUGGACGUCCUAGCCUUCCUCCUCAUUAUAGAUCUGCUCCUCAUCUUCAUCCUCUUCAAGAGCUGCAGCUUCUGUUUUAAGAGAUGCUGCAGCAGAAAACAGACAAAGAGAAAAGCUGAGUAACAGACUGAAGUGAGAUCUACUGUUCAGGUGCUUUUCACACAGAAUAAGAAUCUAUUUGGUGGUUUUAAAGUGUACACAUUUAAACAACAGCAAAAAAUAAUCAGGACUGAAGAGAAAUUAGUGUUGAUUAUUAUUUUUUAGUAGUUUUGUAUUUUGCUCCUUAUUCCAUUUCUCAAAUUCUGAGCAACUUUCCAGGUCCUGCUGAAAAAAUGACCAAAUUAUGACACUGCCACUACCAUGCUUCAAUGUGGCACCAUUGUGAAAAAUCUAGAAUGCCUCUGACAGAAAACCGAUUUAUGGACUGGCUUCUUUUAAGAAAAAACCAGUCCAUAAAUCGGUUUUCUUAACCGCGCUUAAAACCAUGAACUAUUUUCCCAAUCACAUUUUCACUCUGUCAUACUAAAUCAUGUAUUAAAUGCUUCUUUUCUUUUCAAUUUAUGUAUAAAAUGGUAUUACUAUUAUUAGUAAACUGAACCCAUGUUUUUAGUGUGCUUUGCUUUCGUUCUGUAGUGUACAAACAAAGCUUCAGCAAAGCUGUAAAAAUGACUGCAUUUAUUGACAUUUCAGACACUUUUAUUAAUAAUGAGAUUAAAAUUUUUAUGCUCAUUUCCAUUGCUGCUUUAGCUCAGAAAAAUUAAUCAUAUUAUUCAAAAUCAGUCAUAAAAAUAUUGUGUAAACUCUCAGUUUAUUUCUGGUAAUUAUUUAGUUUUUUGUUUUCAUGUCUACUAAUGUUAGAUUAUUGAGAGGUGUCAUGUUGGACUGAACAGCCAAUCAGAGAUGGACUAAUGAGUAAAACUUGAGAUCUAAAAGUUUUUGAUAACUCAGGGGUAAAGCACAACCCAAACAUGGAGGCCUUAGUUCUCGACGCGGCCGCCACAGGUUCCAUUCGCAGCCAGAUGACCGUUGCCCCUUGUCUUCCCGCUCUCUCAUUACCCACUUUCCUGUCUAACCACUUUCAAAUAAAAGCCACUAAAGUCAAUAAAAUCUUUAAAAAAAAAAGCUGGCUUCCUGUUAAGCACAAUGGUCGGUGGUGGAAAUUUUUUAUUAUAGGGUAAUAUAGUUUGACUUUACUAGCCUGAUAGUUGUUAUGAUGUUUUGCUUUCCCAGUGGGUAAUUUGUCAGAGCAAACUCACUGGAUUGGUUUUGCUGAAUGACCUUCAGUAAAGCAAAAAUCCACACCUUCACAUCAUUUUCAUGAUUUGAUUUUGUUCACCCUUUUACUGUCCCUAAAAAUCUCUGCUUCGGCCUGCUAGUAAAGUUAUUUUUAGUUACCUGCUCAUGGUUAACUGUUUUGUAAACUGUCAAAUCCUGCUUAUGGUAUAAAUAAACCUGACUGAGGAAUUUUCA